AUGGCGGAGGGCCAGUUUAGUGAUUAUGAAGAGGAUUUGUCUGUUAAAGUGAAAUCAGUACGCUUUGCAGAACUUCCAAUAAUCCAUAAGGAUGACAGUAAUGAUGAUGAUGAUGUUGACUUUAAUUCUGAUGAUUACUUUUAUGACUCUGAUGACGGAACACAAAAUAUUAAUAAAAAGGAAAACGUCAAUCCUCAAACACCAUCAAGUAAAGUCACCACAUACCAGCCAAGUGAGAAACUGUUUAAGAAAUAUAGUAACAAAAUCAAUGUGAACAAAUAUGAACCAAACUUUUCGGACAACACACAAAAGUUUAUGGACUUAAAUGAUAGGAAAGUAGACAAUGAGAGAAUAAGAAUGAAAGAUAAGCAUGAUAGAGCUACAGCUGAGCAGGUAAUGGAUCCUCGAACAAAAAUGAUUCUAUUUAAAUUGCUAAACAGGGGUAUUAUUAAUGAAAUAAAUGGUUGUAUAUCAACUGGAAAAGAAGCCAAUGUUUACCACGCAACAUCUAAAGAUGGGAAAGAUUAUGCAGUGAAAAUUUACAAAACAUCCAUCUUGGUAUUUAAGGACAGAGACAAAUAUGUAUCUGGAGAAUAUCGUUUCAGAAAUGGCUAUUGUAGAUCCAAUCCUCGUAAGAUGGUGAGAACUUGGGCAGAAAAGGAAAUGAGAAAUCUGGUAAGAAUGUAUAAUGCCAAACUAAAUGUUCCAGAGCCCAUUAUACUGCGCAGUCAUGUUUUAGUCAUGACUUUUAUGGGUGAAAAAGGAUGGCCUUCACCAAAACUAAAAGAUGUAGAAAUAUCACAAUCUACAGCAAGACUAUUAUACAGAGAUUGUAUUACUAUGAUGUGGAAAAUGUUCAACAUUUGCAAAUUAGUUCAUGCUGACUUAUCAGAAUAUAAUCUUUUGUUUCAUAAUGGCAAUAUUGUUGUCAUUGAUGUAUCACAAUCCGUAGAACAUGACCAUCCUCAUGCUUUUGAAUUCUUAAGAAAGGACUGCACCAAUAUAUCAGAUUUCUUUAGAAAGAAAGGUGUAGCUACUUUAACAGUGAAGGAGUUGUUUGACUUUAUUACUGAUGCUUCUAUAAAUGAAAAUAAUUUAGAAGAAUGUUUAGAGAAAUUGUCUGACAAGGCAGCUUCUAGAAAUUUUGACGAGAUGACAGCACAGGAGCAAGUGGAAGAAGAAGCAUUUAAAAAUGUUUAUAUUCCUAAAAGACUCACUGAGGUAAUUAACUAUGAGCGUGAUAUCAACCAAGCUAAAAAAGGUGAUACAGAAGAUCUUACAUACAAAAAGAUAGCAGGUUUCAAUGAAGAUCUUACAGGGACUGUUGACAAACCAGAUAUUCUAAAAGAAGAUAAUAUUGAUGAUGAUGGAGAUGACACUUCUGAGUCUGGUUCUGACAGUUCAAAUGAGGAAGGUGAUGACAGAAACACUAAAUUUAAAAACUGUGCACGUCCAAGAGAUGAGUCACCCGAUAGUAAGAAAGCAAGAAAAAAAGCUGUUAAAGAGGAAAAGGCCGAGAAAAGAAAAAUAAAAACUAAGAAACAUAUUAAAAAACGUAGAGAUAAAGGUGGUGGCAGAAAAUGA